AUGGAAAAUUUUGAUAUAUGUUUAAUUUCAGGCUCAGUAGAAGAUAUGCUCAAAAAAAGGGCUCAACUUCCUCUCUAUUUUCAAGUGCUUACCCUUUCCCCUUUUAAAUUAGAACAAAAUAUUGGUGAAAUUCUCAUUUUUUGGAUGUAUGAUAAAUACUAAAUAUUAUAAAAUUAGUUUUGACCUAUUAUUUAAGCAGUUUUCACACUGAGUCAAAUAAUUUUUUAAUUAAAAUUCAAAAAUAUUUGAAUUCAAUUUAUAUAUUUUUUAUGUUUAAAAAUUUUUAAAAAGAUUUGUAUAAAAAAAAAUUUAAUAUCAAAUUUUUAAAAAAAAAUUUAUACCCCUUUAAAUGGAGCAGGAUUUUAUGUUUUGAUUUAAAGGGGGAUUUAAGAUCAAGUUUAUACAGCAAAAAUAUUAUAAAAUCGAAAUAUCUGACUCAUGCUGGAUAUUUAAUGCAGUUGUUUCGAAAACAGCUGCAGCUAAAAGCUCAACCAAUCGUGAUUUAUCGAUAAAUUGCGUAAUCCAAGUAAAUUCUUAUGAUUUAAUCACAAGUAAAGACGGAAAAGACAAAAUAAUUGCUUUAAAGGAAUUCAUCGUCGUAGAUAACAAGCUAGAUAUUAUUGGAAAACCAAUAUUAAUUAAUGCUGUUAAUUAUCCUUGCCAAGGCACUCCUACAAAUGUGUCUGAUAAUUGUUCAGUUGCGAGCUAUAAUCAAUCUGAGAAAACGCCAGAUCGCCAUCAGCCCCAUUCUCAAGGAAUUUUUACUGAAAGUCAUAGAAUAGACCAAAGCAUUGAAGACGCAAAUAAAGUUUUGCAAGAAAUGAAGACUUCUUAUGAUUCAAGGCUAAGCGGGCUGGAAAAACAAAUACAAGAAUUGCAGAUCACCAUGGAAAAAUUGGCUUCUAGCUUAAAAGUAAAUGAUAAAUUAUAA